AUGGUCAGUGUAUUAUCUCUAUUGCUCUAUCCCGUUCCAGGAGGUUUAGCAUUUUUAUGUGUCCGUUAUCUACUAGCAAAAUUUUUAUUUAAACCUUUUGGUUUAUGGUUCGGAUUAAGAAAUUCCAAACCGAAACAAGUACCACCGAAUCUAGUUUUAGAACGAGAAUUUUCUCAGUCGAAAAAAUGGGACCACCACAAGGUUGUUGGUUUGUCCAAACAGCUAGAUAUGUCCCAGGAAAAAAUCGAAGAAUGGUUGAGUUUAAAGCAAGCCCAAGUCCAUGGUUCGGUUUUAGACAAAUUCUGUGACAGCGCCUGGAAUUUUUUUUAUUACGUGACGGAAACCACACUGGGGUUUUUGGUACUAUGGGACAAACCGUGGUUGUGGGACACGGAUGAGUGUUGGAGAAAUUUUUACUCUCAGAUAGUUACAAGAGAUGUGUGGCUGUAUUUUAUGUGGUGCUUAGCCUAUGGGUGGUCACAGUUAUUUGGUCUUACUUUCAAUAUAAAAAGAAGAGAUUUUUACAUAAUGGUAAUUCACCAUGUGGCUUUUGUUACAUUAUUGACUCUGUCUGGGACGUAUGACGCUUUCAGAUUAAUAACAAUAACGAUAUUUGUAUGUGACUCUACUGAUGUACUACUCGAGAUUUCGAAAAUAGCUAAAUAUUUGGGAUACGAAAAGUGUGCAUUUUACGCAUUCUUAGUAUUUACGUUCUGGUGGAUAGUAGUUAGAGUGGUACUGUUUCCAUGUUGGUUAUCCAAAGGCUUCAUAGUGGACCUUCCAAGAAUUUACCCAUUUGUAACCGAAAUGUGGAUUUAUUACGUAAUAACCAUUUUAUGUUUCGUCUUUGGGGUAGCAAAUCUUAUCUGGACUUACUUCAUCGUGAAAACAUUGAUCCAGUUUUGUGUUACCGGCACAUCAAAAGAUGCAAGAUCUGAUUGUGAUGAAUAAACUUAAACCUAAAUCAACAAACUUACUGACUAUUUGUUGUAAAAAUAAAGAUAUGUUAUCAUUGUU